AUGUUCAACAGACUCAUGUUCUCCCGUUCUCUAGCCACUGCGGCCAAGUCCGUCAAGCCUCCUAUCCAAUUGUUCGGUUUGGAUGGUACCUACGCCAGUGCCCUUUUCACAGCUGCUGCGAAGACCACCUCAGUCGAAAGUGCCUCGAAAUCGCUAAACCAGCUGUCGCAAACCCUGGCAAAGGACUCCAAGUUGGCUACCAUCUUGGAAAACCCUGCUCUUUCGGCUGAAGACAGAGCUGUUGUGGUCGAAACUUUGGCCAAGUCUCAGUCCGAUCUGGACGUGUCUGUGUCCAACUUGUUGAAAGUGUUGGGUGAAAACAACAGAUUGAAUUUGUUCGGUGAUGUGACCGCCCAAUUUACCAAGUUGACCGACGCCUACAACGGUCUCGUGCAGGCCACUGUCACCACCGCACAACCUUUGGACGCCAAGUUGUUCAAGAGAGUCGAAAAAGCGCUAGCCAGCUCCAGUCUGGUCGGCCAGGGCAAGACUUUGAAGCUACAAAACGUCGUGGACCCAGCUAUCCAAGGUGGUCUAGUCGUCGAGGUUGCCGACAGAACCGCAGACUUGUCCAUAGCGUCUAAGAUCAACAAGCUCAACCAACUGUUGAACGAAGCCAUCUAA